UGAUUGGGCGGUGAGGCAGCUCGCCUCCGAUUGGGUCGGUGGUCCUGCUCAAGGUGAAGGUGGUCGUUUGUGUGAUGGCGGGGGUGGUUCGUUUUGUGCUGGCGGCCAACGGACGGCUUCAGCGGUGGGACGUCGUGCCCCGGCUGCUGAUUGCAAAAUGUAAAAAUAGAGAAUAUUCAUCUGGACCCUCAUUAAAUGAAGUGGUCAUUGCAAGUGCCGCCAGAACCCCUGUUGGUUCAUUUAAAGGAUGUCUUUCCUCAUUAACAGCCACACAGCUUGGUUCAAUUUCGAUAAGAACUGCCAUUGAACGAGCAGGGAUUCCUCCAGAGGAAGUGAAUGAAGUGUACAUGGGCAAUGUUUUACAGGCUGGGGAAGGCCAAGCGCCUGCUAGACAAUCUGCCCUUGGUGCAGGCUUGCCAGUCUCUACACCUGCAACAACUGUCAACAAAGUUUGUGCCUCUGGAAUGAAAUCAAUCAUGCUGGCAGCACAAUGUCUUAUGUGUGGGCAUCAGGAGGUAAUGGUUGCUGGUGGGAUGGAGAGCAUGUCCAAUGUUCCAUAUGUGAUGGGCAGGGAAGCACCAGCUUAUGGAGGUGUCAAGUUGGAAGACCUGAUUGUAAAGGAUGGGUUAACUGAUGUCUACAACAAAAUUCACAUGGGUAACUGUGCUGAGAAUACUGCCAAAAAGUUUAAUAUUUCACGUGAAGAACAAGACUCUUAUGCAGUUAGUUCAUACACUAAGAGCAAAGCAGCUUGGGAUUCAAAACUGAUGGCAAAAGAAGUGGUUUCUGUCAGCAUUCCACAAAGAGGCAAACCAGAUCUAGUGAUCACUGAGGAUGAAGAAUACAAACGUGUAGACUUCAGUAAAGUUCCAAAAGUCAAACCAGUCUUCCAGAAAGAAAAUGGUACAAUUACAGCUGCUAAUGCAAGUACCUUAAAUGAUGGAGCAGCUGCUUUGGUACUAAUGACUGCUGAGGCAGCUAAAAGAUUAAAUGUUACACCAAUGGCCAGGAUUGUAGGUUUUGGAGAUGCUGCAGUGGAUCCAAUUGAUUUUCCAAUUGCUCCUGCUUUUGCUAUACCAAAGCUCCUUAAAACAACUGGCAUAAAAAAGGAAGAUAUUGCAAUGUGGGAGAUUAAUGAAGCAUUUAGUGUUGUUGUUCUGGCUAACAUUAAAAUGUUGGAGGUUGAACCUCAAAAAGUUAACAUCAAUGGUGGAGCAGUAUCUCUUGGUCAUCCCAUUGGAAUGUCUGGAACAAGAAUUGUUGGACAUAUGGCUUAUAAUCUAAAGCCUGGAGAAUACGGUGUGGCUGGAAUCUGUAAUGGAGGUGGUGGUGCUUCUUCAAUACUAAUUCAGCGCUUGUAAAAUAGUCAUUGAAUUGGAAAGGUAAUCAAGGAUUAAGCUGCUAAACAUUCACUGAAUAAUGAUGUAUGUAACAAAGCUUCAUUUAAUCAGUUGGAAACAUGACAUCUGCGGUCCUUCGAAUUGGUAAUGAAUGAAAUAUGCCUUACAACUUUUAUUGUACUUCAACUGUAUUCUGAUAAGUGCAAAUAUUUUAAGAUGAACUGUCCAAACAUGAAGUCAUUGCCCUUCUAACCAAAGCAUACAAGAUUAAUGUUUUUUAAACUGUCAGCUUUGUAUGAAAAGUGAAUUUUUCAAUGGAUUUGUAUUAGUUAAAUACAUGCUCAUUAAGAAAAGCAGAAGGCGUAAUUGUUACAACUGGCAUAUCAAUAAUGGUUGUC